CGGGUCGGUAUCGGUUCGGUUCGGAUUUUAUGCCCACCCCUAAAAAUUGCUCAAAGUGAAGAAGGGAAGAACAUCCUCUCCUCUUUCGACCUAUCGUCGAGGUCGUCCUUGAUUGAUCAACAUAGGGAAUAGGGUGGGAAAUGGGUUGCUCCUCUUCGGUUCCAGAUAGGAGUUUGGGACAGAAGGGAAGUCUUAAUCCUGACAAUGGUGCGACGAAUGACCCUAAGAAUCUUCGAGUGAAGCUGGUACUAUUGGGUGAUUCUGGUGUCGGAAAGAGUUGCAUUGUUCUACGUUUUGUUCGUGGUCAAUUUGAUCCAACAUCAAAGGUUACUAUUGGGGCUUCUUUCCUUUCUCAGACAAUAGCCCUACAGGAUUCAACAACAGUUAAGUUUGAGAUUUGGGAUACUGCUGGUCAAGAGAGGUAUGCAGCAUUAGCACCACUUUACUACAGGGGUGCUGCUGUUGCUGUUGUUGCGUAUGAUAUUACCAAUCAUGACUCAUUCAUUAAAGCACAAUAUUGGAUCAAGGAAUUAAAGAAGCACGGAAGCCCAGAUAUAAUCAUGGCUCUCGUGGGUAACAAAGCUGACCUCAAAGAAAAACAAGAAGUAUCUGAACAAAGUGCAAAAGAGUACGCUGAAACGAAUAACAUGUUCUUCAUUGAAACUUCUGCUAAAACAGCAGAUAAUAUAAACCAGUUGUUUGAGGAGAUUGCAAAGAGGUUGCCACGCCCUUCUGUCUCUUGAUUGUCAAGCACUUGAAAGGCAACAGUUUGCUAUAGAUAGAUAUGUCUGUAAUAUUAUGUAAAUAAGAGUCCCAGCAUCUUCAUACAUGUGAGAUUAAUUUCUACUGUGCUGAGGUGUAGGCACCACUAAUCUACUAUAGUUUGGAAUAUUCUGAUGGAGGCGUACUUGAAAAUUGAAAUGCCCAUUUAUGUAUUUUCUAAUUAUCUCGUGUAUUUUGGAGAGUAUUUGAAAUUUCUAUUUUCUUUCAAAAAAAUCAUACUAUGUUGAUUUGUGAAUUGUGAUAAGAAAAUCC